UUGCCAUUAUUUUUCCUCUGUAAAAAAACCCUUUGUAGAUCCAGAUCCGACCCGCUUAUACUUUUUAACAGAAACACGAUCAUUCCCGCCUUCCUUCUUCUUCUCAAUCAAUUACCCCAAAAAAAAAUCAAAACUGGUAACAGCGGAAGCAGUAGCGUAAAUUCUAAUGGGAGUGAUAAAAGAUGGAGAAGUAUCUGGAAUUAUACCUAACAAAGAAGCAUUUGCCGUUCAUUAUCCAGGUUAUCCGUCUUCUAUGUCGCGCGCCAUCCAAACGCUCGGCGGCGCCGAUGCUAUUCUCAAGGCUCGCAGCUCGCAAUCCAAUAAAUUAGAGCUCUAUUUCCGGCCGGAGGAUCCCUACUCGCAUCCGGCGUCCGGAGAGCUACGCGCCUGUAACAAUUUACUGUUGAAAUUAUCAAAGAAGAAGAAUAAAGAUGAAAGUGAAUCGCAAGUUCAUCAUGUGGAGGAGCUUUCUGCUGAUAUUGUUGCUCACAUUCAUGAGGCUUAUCAUUUUGACGGAAUGGUGGACUAUCAGCAUGUAGUUGCGGUUCAUGCGGAUGCUGCUGCGCAAAAGAAAAAGAGGAAUUGGACUGAAAUGGAAGAAGAGCCGCGUUUUGGUAAGGCUGGGUUUAUGGGUAUGGAUCAGGAGGAUGUCAUGAUUCUAGUUCCUCCACUUUUUACAAUGAAAGAUAUGCCCGCCAAUUUAGCGUUGAAACCAACAUCAAAUCCAAGCUUAAAAAAUAAGUCAGAAGAAGCCAUGGAAAACCAUUUUGAGAUGAAUUUGGAGCCAGCCCUUGCUAUUGAUUUUACUAUUAAAGAGAUUCCUAAAGAAAUGGAUUGGAAGUUAUACAUAGCGCAAGGUACAGAGUUUUGGGGCUGGCAGAUGACUGUAUCCGAAUUGUUUGAGGAGCGGCCUAUAUGGCCCAAAGAUGCAUUGAUCGAACGCUUACUUGUUAAAAACCUGAAAUUUAACCAUCAGACACUUAGAAGACUUCUCCUUGCAGUUGCUUACUAUUUUUCGGGAGGGCCAUUUCUCAGAUUUUGGAUCAGAAAAGGAUAUGAUCCUCGCAAAGAUCCUGAUUCUCGCAUAUAUCAGAGAAUGGAUUUUCGAGUGCCACCUCCUUUACGAGGUUUUCUUGAUGCUGAUGCUGCUAGUGGCUUGAAGCAUAAAUGGGAGGAUUUAUGCAAAUUUCAAGUUAUUCCUUAUAAAUUUCAGACAUCAUUGCAGCUGUGUGAACUCGAUGAUGAUUAUAUACAGCAGGAGAUAAAAAAGCCUCCAAAGCAGACAACCUGCACUUAUGGAACAGGAUGGUUCUCACAUCAUGUGCAUGAUAGCUUGAGACUUCGUGUUAUGGUGAGAUUUCUAUCUGUGUACCCAAAACUUGGUGCAGCAAAAUUACUAAAAGCUGCUUCUGAAGAUUUUGAAAAGUCAAAGAGGGCAUGUUUUUACGAAGAAGCUCUAAAACUUGGCAAGGAGGAGCUCCACAAAGUCAAUAAAGAGGCUAUUGGGGACGAAGCAAAUGUGAACCAAAAUCUUGUUGACGAAGAGGCAGAUGAAAUUGAGGUCGAUGAUCCUGAAGAGGAAUUGGAUGCAUAUGAAGAACUGGAUCUGGCUGGUGAGAAAGAUGAACCAUCUCUGCAACCUUAUGCAUAUGCUGAAAACAACUCGAAAAGCUAUUUGCAACAACUGUUUGAUACCUUUCCAUCAGCUGCUGAUACUGGCAGUGGCAAAAUACAAAAUGGAGAGAGCAGUGAUGAAGAAUAUCAAAUUUUUGAGCAAGACGACGAUGAAGAUUACCUUGAUGAAGAUGAUUAUGAUUUAUGACAUGCUCAACUCAUGAAGCCGUAUGAAGAAACAUUCCGACGGUCAAGGUUUUGGAAUUUACAAAUGUGUGAUGAAGAUCCAUCAUCAGUUUGGAUAAACAAUCUACAACCAAUUUCUAGCUGUACAUGCAGCCGACACCAGGUUCAUCUUUAGACGCUCUCGAACUGGGUCGAGUAGUUCUAGGUUCUGAGUAGUGACCUUUUGAGCAUUAUUUAUACAUCUGUUUUUUUAAGAUUUAUCAAGUGAAUAUAAUUGUGUUCUACAAAUUUCCCUCUCGAAUUGAGGUUUAUGCAUGUAUAGAUCACAGACUCAUGAUUCAAUACAAACAAUUCAGUUAAUUCUA